AGAAGAGAAAAAGAGAAGAAUAGAAAAGAGUGAGAGAGGCAAAGGCAGAGUAGCAAGAUGGCGAGCUCCUUAACGUGGUCGUGUUGCUCGUUCAAAUUCAGCCCGGAGGAAAUUGAGCAGCGUUAUAAGAGCCAGGAAAUCGAUCGGAUGUUGGAAAAGGAUCGGCAGACGUUUCGACGGCAAGUCAAGCUGCUGUUGCUUGGUGCCGGAGAGAGUGGCAAGUCGACAUUCCUCAAGCAGAUGCGAAUUAUCCAUGGGAUCAAGUUUGAGCCUGAACUAAUUAAGGAAUAUCAACAUGUGAUCUACCAGAAUAUAAUAAAGGGUAUGAAGGUUUUAGUGGAUGCACGGGAUAAACUAAAUAUUCCUUGGGAGAAUCCUAAGAAUUAUGAUAUUGGUUUUCAAUUACUUAAAUUUGAAAACACUAUGGUGCUGGACACUAGAUUAUUUCUACAUUAUGUGCCAGCGUUACAAAGUUUAUGGAAGGAUGCAUCGAUUAGAAGAGCAUUCGAUAGACGAAGAGAAUUUCAAUUAAGUGAUUCUGUCCAGUACUUCUUGGAUAAUCUUGAUAGGAUUGCAAAAGUGGAUUAUACACCUACACAUCAGGAUAUCUUACAUUGUAGAAAGGCAACAAAAGGAAUUUCUGAAUUUGUAAUACCGAUUAAUAAUAUUCCAUUCCUCUUUGUUGACGUUGGCGGUCAAAGAUCUCAAAGGCAAAAAUGGUAUCAAUGCUUUGAUUGCGUAACGUCUAUACUUUUUCUCGUAUCAUCAUCGGAAUUUGACCAAGUCUUGUUGGAAGAUAGGAGAACCAACAGAUUAGAGGAAUCUAGAAAUAUAUUUGAUACAAUUGUGAACAACAUGAUAUUUUGUGGUGUCUCUAUAAUUUUGUUUUUGAACAAAACGGAUUUGCUCGAUAAAAAAGUGAGAUCACAGGAUACAAACGUCCGUUUGUAUUUUCCACAAUUUACGGGUGAUCCACAUUCCAUGAAAGAUGUGCAAAGUUUUAUCCUCGAUAUGUUUGUCUCGGUUAAGAGGGAUCCAAGAAAACCAUUAUUUCACCACUUCACUACUGCAGUGGACACAGAAAAUAUUAAAGUUGUUUUUAAUGCUGUGAAGGACACUAUUCUACAUCGGAACUUAGAAUCCCUCAUGCUUCAAUAAUGACAUAGAAACCGAAUAAUUAACCAGAUAAAGCAGCUAGUAAAAAACAAAGGUACGCGUCAGAAACUUAACAUAUACAUUCAAUACUAUUAAUCCAAGUUGUAGUUUUCGAAGAAUAUUGUAAUAUAUAUUAGGUCAAAAUACAUUUUGAUAAAACUAUAUAUGUAUGUGUAUAUAUGUAUAUUAUACAUGCACAUACAACACAUACGCAAACAAAUACAUGAAGAUAUACAACUUUUGAACAUUUACCUUUCUGUAUAGUUACAUUUAUAAUAAAAGUGAGAGAAAACUGCCUAAAUAUAAAAAUAUAUUAAAAAUUUGACUUUAUAUACACUAUAGGUGCAUUGCGGUUAUAUGUAUGUACGGAUGUAUUAUAAAAUAUAUUUUCAUCGUACUUUUGAAAGGUAUUGAAUAGUUGCAAGGAGAUUAUUAUACAAAGUAUUGUACAUAAUUAUUUGUAUUCUGUAUAUUGUCAAGAAUUUUUAUGAUAAUAGAUUGAUAUAUUUGUAUAAAAAGAAAGGAGAUCAGUUGCAAAUAAUUCAGUUCCAAUUUUUAUGUUUGCAUAGAUUUAACAUAAUUCAUGAUUUAAUAUAUAGAAUAAUAAUUGCCUAUUUCUCGUAUGCAUAGAGUGAGUCAAACUGAAUAAAGAAGUCCUAUAUUUCAAUGCCAUGAUAUCACAAUUACCAAGCAAUCGAUAUAAAUUUGUUUCUGAUUAUUAACGAGGAUUUACAAAUCUACAAAUAUAUCUUAUUUUUUAUUUAAGAUUAAUUAUUUCUAUUACUGAAUACACAUUAACCGUUUGAAUGCCGAAAAA